AUGCUGAAGAAGAUAAAGGUGACCAUGCCCUUUCAUGAGGUAGUUAUACAAAUCAUGUCCUACACCAAAUUUUUAAAGGACAUUCUUACGAAGAAGAGGGCGGUUGAGAAAGAGACAGUGGCACUUAGCACGGAAGUGAGUGCAGCCAUAUUGCAGACAGAGUUACCGCAAAAGAUGGCUGACCCUGGUAGUUUCUCCAUCCCGUGCAAAAUGGGGAUUGUGGAGAUUGAGAGGAAGAUGCCUCUUAAGGUAGGGGAGUUCUACAUCCCCGUUGACUUUGUUGUUCUGAACACGGCCGAUGUUGUUGUGCAUAUCAAAGAGGGGUAG